UUCACUGCGCUCUGACUCGGGGGUGUUGUUUAUCCUCCGCGUAUUUUGUAAAAGGUUGUGAUAUGCUGGAGUGUUUUUGGAUUAUUUGUACUUCAGACUAAACGAAAAGUACCUACCUAACAAGCGAUGAAGUGCUGUUGCAGGCGGGCGCCCUGAGCGGGCCGCGCCGGGCUGGUAGCCGCCGCCGCCGCCGCCGCCGUCAUGGAGCUGAAGGUGUGGGUGGACGGCAUCCAGCGGAUCGUCUGCGGCGUCACCGAGGCCACCAGCUGCCAGGACGUGGUGUACGCGCUGGCACACGCCACCGGCCGCACCGGCCGCUUCACGCUCAUCGAGCGGUGGCGGAACAACGAGCGGCUGCUGGCGCCGCAGGAGAACCCGGUCAAGGUGCUGAUGAAAUGGGGCGAGUACUCGAGUGACGUGCAGUUCAUCCUCUUGCGCUCGCCGCUGGAGGCCAAGUCUCCGUCUCGCGCGCGCCGCUCGGGCCGCUCAUCCCGCGGCCCGUCCGAGCCGUCUCCGCCGAGUCCCGACACUAGCACGACAGUGCUGUCGCCGGAGCUGCAGCGGCGCCGCUCCGAGCUGCGGCUGCUGGAGCACGUGAAGCGCGGCACCGUGGGCGUGGUGCGUGGCGUGCAGCAGCGGCCCGCCGACGAGCCGUGGCCGCCGGCCGGGCCGGCCGCGCCGCCCCCUCCGCCGCCCCGGCUGACCGACAAGCCGGGCCUGAAUGACAGCGUGUCGAGCGCCGACACCAGUCUCAAUACUAGUCACGACCGGGUUCCGGGUCUGCGACGGGCCGGCGAGGCGGCACCGUCUCCGGGGCCGCGGUUCAGCACGCCGCCGCCGUACCGGGAUCCGUCCGGCAGCGGCAGCAGCCAGUCCAGCAGCCCGCUGCGGCCGGCGCCGCCGCAGCCGCCGCCGGCCGCGCCCCUCUCUAGUCAGAUCCCGGAUGGCUCCGGCACUCCGCCCGGACACCCGGCAAAGGGGCGCGGGCCGGGCCGACGGCUCGCCACCGACCAGUAUGCCAUGGAGGAGGUGGUCUACAACAGUCAGUACCGUGAGCUCCUCUCGGUCGUCAACGCGCAGAAACACCAGCUCAGCUCGCUCCAGGCCGACGUCACAAAGUGUGACGCCGAGAUUGUGUACCUGGAAGAGUUUCAGCGAGAGCAGGACGUUCAACUGUCAGCCGUUCGCUCCGAGGCCAGUCGCCUCGAGGCGCUGCUGGCGGAGCGAAAUCAGGAGAUUGCCGAGGCAGAGGAGAAGGCAGAGGAGUUGAGGAGGGAGUCCGAGGAGGGAGAGAGGAUCAAGACCGAGAGUGAACAGCUCAAGGAGAAGUUGGCUACAUGUGAGACGGAGCUGAAGACGUACUCGGAGAAAAUACGGGAUCUGGGCGAGUCUCUGAAGUCGGAGCAGGAGCGGAGCGACCAGGAGGCGCAGCUGACGCAGCAGCAGCUGGAGCAGCUGGCCGCGCAGCUGUCCGCUCUCCAGGAGCAGUCGGACCGCACCGAGACGGAGCGCGCCGACCUGGAGACCCAGAUCGGCCAGCUGGGAGAACAGCUGCUGGAGCGACAGCGGCGAGUCGAACAGCUGCUCGAGGAACUGAAGACGGUCAACCUGGAGAGCCUGCGCAUGUCCGGCACCGAGGAGCUCGCCAAAGUCACCGAAGGUCCGGCCAAGUCGGGUGUGAGUCGGCAGCUGAUCGGCUCGCCGCGUCAGCUGGAGAGCGCCGUGCCCACCAGCAAGAACCCGCACGGCGUCUGGGUCUGAGGGGCACCCUCCCCCUCCCGAGGGGCGCCCGACCCCUCCCAGGGGCCAGGGAGGCUACCCGGCCGCCCGCCAGCGCCCGCUACUGCUUACUGUUCCUGCGUCUAGAGUUUGCCACAUAUCGACGCCCGCUGCCGCUAGAUAUUACCGCUUCCGCUCACUAAUCGCUCGCUGUUUGGAUGUUGUGCGCUGUCGGACACGCUUCAGACGCCCCUUUCUGUCGACGUGGAUGUGGCGCUGCUUUGUUGUUCGCGCAUAUCCGUGCCCGCGCUUUUUGGCGUCGUUGCCGCUUUUCGCUGCUUGUGCUGCUGCUUGAAUCUUAUUUUCGACGUAGCUUUAGGAUCUUGAACGGUACGCACGCCGUUUUGAAACCUAGUACAACAUUGUUUGGUUGUUUUCUUGCCUUGACCCCGACUUAGUUUACGCUAUUAGUUUUACGCCCUGCCCUGUUGGUCGUGUUUCGUUGUGAGGUCCGCCGCUGGGCGAACACCCCGAGUUGAGCGACAGAACUGUUACCAGAUACGUAUUUAAAGCAUGGACACGACGUGGUACGAUCUUACGUUUACAUUAUAUACAAUAGCCGAUAGGUCUGAGUAGUAAUCUUCACCAUUGUGUGUGCGUGUUUAAUUGACAGAUCAACGUCGUAUUCUGUACAGAUGCCUACUAUGCCGAGUUUUUAGUCGAUUUGAGUUGUGUGUUUUAGCUGAGCAAGUAUUGCAUGUCAACCUAUGAACAAUCAUUAUAAUCUGUGUUUGAAUUCAGGGCUUAUUUUAGCGUUUGCACGCCUUCAAUUGUGUUUAUUUACUUGGUAGCUAGCUCGCCCCCCAGUGUACAUUUGUUUACCGGCGCGUGCCAUAUUGUCGGCCGGUGCCCCCACUGUGCGCCGGCUCGGCCGUGCUGCUGUGUUAUAGACGAGGCAGCGCGUGUGCUGUGCUUCAGCUCAGAGUCUGCGGAGGGUAACUAACGCGCCAGACUGCCCCGCUGCGGGGGUAGAGGCGAGCGUGGGGUGUCUUCUGACAAUCAAACGACGGCCCGGUCCGCCCCCGGGGUGACCGAGAGAGGAGAGAGGGCGGGCCGGGGAGAGAGUGAGAGGAUCGGCUGAGUGAGAGUGGAAGUUUGUGCGCCUAUUUGCGAUGGUAAUAUACAGAAGACGACUUAA